AUGGGAAUCAGCCAGGAGUCUCACCCCGCCUCACCACCCCUCGCCUUUACGAUCUGGGUUUGGGUACAUCUGGGUGGAGAGCAGAACCCAAGCCUGUCCUUGCCGCCCUCUUCCCGGUUCUCCUCCAGCACUUCAGUCCCAGGUUUCCGAAGCCUGCGCGAAAAUCGAGGGGAGAUCGGUGUUGGCACCUUCUCGGCCGUUUCCAUUACUGUAAUGGUACUGUUGGAAGCCAUCCCUGGGCUAGCAAGUGGGAGAUUCACCUCCUUCUCCCUCCCUUGGAGGUUAGGUGGCCUCCCAGCACUUAGAGUGAUGCAACUUUCUAACUGGAACAAGCCUCACAGAUGGUCCAGUCCUCAGAGCCUUGGCUCUGGUAAACAGCAGGAGCUCCUGGAGCACUUUAUGAGAAAGGUUUUCACUGAGUACCAGGUUGGGCUGCCUGCAUCAAACAGCACAUUCCCACUGGCCAUUUAUUUUACAUAUGGUUUCUCCUUAUGUUGGUGCCGGAGGCCCCAGAAGUUCCAGGAAACUCUGUCUGGCUUCUGGCCCAGGAGCAGGCUCCAGGCAGGCGGCGGCGAAGGGCUGCUCACCGUCAGGCGUCUGUUGAGUCCUCUGAGUUGGCACUAUGGGGAUGGGGGCCACCUGUGGGCAGCCCAGGACUAGGGUGGAUGGGUGGAGGAGGGGGCAC